CGGGCCGGGCCGGGGAGGGCGCCCGGCGGAUCGAGAUGGCACCGUCGCUCGUCCAGGCGUGCCGCAGCCUGGCCCUCUCAACAUGGCUGCUCUCCUUUUGUUUCGUGCAUCUGCUCUGCCUGGACUUCACCGUGGCCGAGAAGGAGGAAUGGUACACCGCCUUCGUGAACAUCACCUACGCCGAGCCCGCGCCCGAGGCCGGCGGCGCGGAGCUGCGCACCGAGAAGUCCGAGUGCGGGCGCUACGGGGAGCACUCGCCCAAGCAGGACGCGCGCGGGGAGGUGGUCAUGGCCAGCUCGGCGCACGACCGCCUGGCCUGCGACCCCAGCACCAAGUUCGCCGCGCCGACCCAGGGCAGGAGCUGGAUCGCCCUCAUCCCCAAGGGCAACUGCACGUACAGGGAUAAAAUCCGGAACGCGUUCCUACAGAACGCCUCGGCCGUGGUCAUCUUCAACGUGGGCUCCAACACCAACGAGACCAUCACCAUGCCCCACGCAGGUGUGGAAGACAUUGUGGCCAUAAUGAUUCCUGAGCCCAAAGGGAAGGAGAUAGUGAGCCUGCUGGAGAGGAACAUCACCGUGACGAUGUACAUCACCAUCGGGACCCGGAACUUGCAGAAAUACGUGAGCCGCACCUCGGUUGUGUUUGUCUCCAUCUCCUUCAUUGUCCUGAUGAUCAUUUCCCUGGCCUGGCUGGUCUUUUACUAUAUCCAGAGGUUCCGAUACGCAAAUGCCAGGGACAGGAACCAGUGGCGGCUUGGAGAUGCAGCGAAGAAGGCCAUCAGCAAGCUCCAGGUCAGGACCAUCAAGAAAGGCGACAAGGUAAAACGGACAGCCUCCUCUCUUGG